GAGAGUGACAAGACAACCACUAACACAUGUGGUUCAUCUCCAACCACAUGUUAUCAAGAGGACUUAACUAGCACAGCAAAGGUACACUCUCCAUCUCACAAUUAUAUCCUCUCUUAUCUCUCUCUCUCUAUCUUUUGUCUGAGAGAGAAGGCUCAAUGGUCUCCAAUUGCAUUAGCCUUGGCCUCCAUCUCCAUCCUCAUCCCCACAAACACAACCAUCAUUCACUUUCUUCUUUAAGAUUCCACACAAAAGCUAAAACCCAUCACCAUGUCUCAUAUACAGCUCCGUCUGAUGCACAGCAUAGAAGUCUCAAACACUGUGGAUGGAACUUGAGUUCUAGCCGGUCCGUGAACAACUUUGGUUUGAGCCGGUCUGGUGUCAUCCGCCCAAGACUCUCGGCGAUGACAGGGUCAGAAGUCGGUGACUCUGGCUACGACGAAUCACAAUUCGACCCGACCCUCACGAACGACGACUUGAAACCGACCAAACCAAGCCAAAGAACGUUUUCUUGGUUGGAUAUGUCGAGUUUAUGGAUCGGUCUCGUUGUCGGUGUGCCUACUUACUAUCUGGCUGGAAGCUUAGUGGACCUAGGCAUGGCGUGGUGGCAAGGGAUAGCCACAGUGGUUGCUGCUAAUCUAAUUCUCCUCGUGCCGCUGGUUCUCACCGCACAGCCUGGCACCAUGUACGGAAUAUCUUUCCCCGUCCUCGCUAGAUCAUCCUUCGGCAUCCGUGGAGCCCAUAUUCCGACACUACUCAGAGCAUUGGUCGGUUGCGGAUGGUACGGUAUCGAGACAUGGAUCGGAGGAGAAGCUAUCUUCUUGCUCUUACCGUCUCACAUCAAGAACUCGGCUCUGUCUCAUACACUGCCUUGGCUGGGCACUUCUCCGCUUGAGUUCUCUUGUUUCAUUGUCUUCUGGUUGGCUCAGCUUUGUAUCGUCUGGAGAGGAAUGGACGGAAUCAGAAAGCUAGAGAAGUACUCAGCUCCUGUCCUGAUCACUCUCACUUCUUGUCUCCUUGUCUGGUCUUAUGUCAAAGCUGGUGGGUUCGGCCACAUGCUUUCCUUGUCAUCCAAGCUAACCUCUUCACAGUUCUGGACUCUCUUCUUCCCAUCUCUAACCGCAAACAUAAGCUUCUGGGCAACGCUAGCUUUAAACAUCCCUGACUUUUCCCGGUUUGCGAAAUCCCAAACCGAUCAAAUCAUCGGUCAAGUUGGUCUUCCGGUUUUCAUGGGUUUGUUCACGUUCGUUGGUUUAGCUGUUACGUCCUCCACAAGCAUCAUCUUUGGAAGAGUCAUCUCCAAUCCCAUUCAGCUUCUCGGUCAAAUCGGAGGCCUAGCCACAACUCUACUCGCUAUCCUCGGUAUCUCCCUCGCCACAAUCACCACGAACAUAGCUGCAAACGUGGUCGCACCAGCAAACGCCCUUGUGAACCUAAACCCUAAAGUUUUCACGUUCGGAAGAGGAGCCUUGUUGACCGCGGUUCUUGGAAUCGUGUGUCAGCCUUGGAGAUUGCUCAAGUCGAGUGAGAGCUUUGUCUACACAUGGCUCAUCGGUUACUCUGCGCUUCUUGGUCCUAUUGGUGCUAUAGUUCUUGCAGAUUAUUAUCUGAUCAAGAAGAUGAAACUGAACGUUGGAGACUUGUACUCUUUGAGUGCCUCCGGAGAAUAUUAUUAUUCCAAGGGAUAUAAUGCGGCGGCUGUGGUGGCUUUGGUCGCCGGAAUCAUCCCAGUUGUGCCUGGCUUUCUACACAAGGUCGGAGGUUUGUCGAAGAUCUCAAAUGGGUUCGUGGUUGUUUACGACAAUGCAUUGUUUUUCAGCUUCAUCAUCGCAGGAUUUGUCUAUUGGAUGUUAAUGUCUCGUCUGAGAAGGAAACAGAGCUCCUCUUCACAGCCACUUUUGUAAAUAUUUGGCUUUCAAUUCGUUUCGUAAGUAAUCAAAUUUAAAUCCACAGAUGUGCAAUCAAACAGAAGAACAAAAGAAAAAUAAAGGAUUCUUGUUUUUUUAUUUUUCUAUUUUUUUAGUUCAUAUCAAUUGUUUUCGUUUUUCAUAUACUUUGCUGAAUAAUAUAACGUUUUGUUAAUAAUGAUC